AUGCGUCUCCAUGUUGUCUUUUGGGUGUGGCUUCUGGCAGAAGGGGCCCUGCAGACCACCAAGGUGACCCAGCUCACCGACAAGCCGCUGGCCGAUUCACGCCUUUACCAGUUUGCUGAGCUGCCGAAUGGCAUUCAGGUCCUCAACAUCCAGGAAGAAAAGACGACUCAAGCAGCGAUUGCCGUGUCAGUUCGAGCUGGCUCGAUGUUCGAGCCGAAGGACCUACACGGCUUGGCCCACUUUUGCGAGCACAUGCUCUUCCUUGGCACGAGGAAGUUUCCCGAUCCAACUGGUUUCGACACAUUUUUGGGUGAGGCUGGCGGCGGAUCCAAUGCGUACACGGAUCAGGAGACGACAGUGUACUAUGCCAAUUUUGACAGCCGGGUGUUCAAUGACGCUGUUGAUCGGUUCGCAGAUUUUUUUGCAGAGCCAUUGUUCAACCGGCAGUUUGUGGAAAAGGAAGUCCACGCGAUCGACAGCGAGCAUCAAAAGAACCUGCAGAGCCCCGCCAGGCGGGUGCUGCAGGUUUUGAAUUACCUGGCAAAUCCCGAGAGCCGCGUCAACAGCUUUGCGACAGGCAACUACGAAACCUUGAUUGCCGAGCCGAAGGAGCAAGGGCGGGAUAUUGUGGAUGCUUUGCGCAAUUAUUUUGAGCGAUCACAUUGCCCGCAGCAUUUGCGCGUUGUUACCGUCGCACCAGAACCAGUGGAGGAUCAGCUUCAGAAGGUGCAGCACUCCUUCAGCACUGUGAGGGGCAGCGCGCCCUGUUUCAACCAGACUUUCGCAGAGCCUCCUGCCUGGCCGCCAGAGCAGCUGUCGAAGUUUGUGGUGGUGGAGCCUUCGGAGGCUCGCCCCGCACUUUGGCUCCAGUUCGCCUUGCCGAACUUGCAGAAGGAGUUUGCGAGCAAACCGCUGAGCUACAUCAGUUAUGUCAUUAAGUACGCCGGUGUGGCCUCCCUGCAGAACUCUUUAAAGAAGGAGGGCCUGAUCCAAGAUCUCUCUUCGGCUGACUCGUCCACGAGUGCGGGUACGCGUUUUUUCGUGGCCAUGUACCUGACCACCAAAGGUGCGAAAAACAUGGGCCACGUGAUGGAUCUCUUUUUCCAGUAUAUAGCAAAGAUGAAGCAUUUCGGUGUGAACUCGGACUUGUACAGCUCGCUAGCAGACUUAUCACGGUUUCAGUUCAACUGGACUCAGCCGGAUGCGCCGGGAGAAGCGGCCAAAGACUACGCUGAGCGAAUGCUGCGGCUGCCUCCAAGCCGACUCAUUUCUGGAGAUACCCGUAUAGAUCACAUGGAUGCCAAGCUUGUCCAAAACCUUCUCGACUUGUUCACGCCGCAGAACCUCAUUCUGGCGUAUAUUCCGUCCACAAAGACAAAUGCGACCUUUCCAGAAGGUUCGCAGGUGUUUAAUGACAAGUACAUGAAGCUGGAAUAUGCCGUAAUGCCGCUGCAGAAGCGCAUGCCUGAUGCCGUCAAGAAGUGGACAAGCUGGCUCUCUUAUGGUCCACCCUCGGAGGGGCCGAAGCUUCCAAGCGCCAUAAAGCACAUCCCGAAGGCGCUGGACACAAGCAACAUGGCGGCAGCAACUCCGGUGCACAUGGCAGUCUCCUCACCAGAGGCAGUCGCCAGCAGAGUGUUCGGCGCCUCGCCGGCUCUCCUGGGCAACGUCUCCACGGAUCGGCUGAGAGUCCGAUCCCAGAAGGUGUGGUAUCGCAGUGGCUGGAAGACCACAUCACCAAAGGUCUCCAUUGACGUGGCUCUGCGCCGCUACCGGGCGGCUCAUGAGCUGGAAGCACGCGCAGAAGAUCAGUUACAACUGCUGAUUUUCGAGAGGCUCUUCAUUCGCCAAAUCACGCCACUUCUGGCAGAUUUGACGACCACGGAUCAGACAGUCACGAUCUCCUUGGACGAGGGCGGCCUGCAGUUGUCAUUCGAAGCCUUCGCUCCGGUCCUCCCCAGUCUUAUCGAGAAGUUUGGGGUGCUCUUCAACAGCUUCCAUCUCAAUGCGUCACAAGGCUUGGCUCCAGAAUUUAAUUGGACCAAGCAGGAACUUUUGGACACCUACUCUGCACAUCCCGACCUUCCUGCAAAGUAUGCGGUGCAAGCUGGCAAAGUGCUCUUGACGGGAGACGCCCUUUCUCGGGAGGAGUCGGCGGCUGGAUUGGCGCAGGCGAAUCCGGCUGCUGUCAUGAGGUCCCUGGGCCUACUCAUCCUGUCCAAGCCGCUGGCCUUGGAUGCUCUGGUAAUGGGCAACAUCGAUGGCAAGACAGCUCACAGGGCUGUAGGCCAGCUCAUUCAAUCCAUCGAAGUCCCUGAAUGGGCUUCGCCUGCACCAGACGAGCAGAGAAGCCUCCCGGGCGCACCACCGAUCGCGCUUCCAGCACAGCCUGUCGAAGUCCGCGCCCGGAAUCCGCGCCACGGGGAUCCCAACGAUGUGGCGCUGGUCAAGAUUUUGGUGGGAGUGGCCACUGUCGAGAGUCGAGCUGCCUUUGCUGCAAUCGGCUUGAUCUUGGGCAACUUGAUGUAUUCCCAGCUUCGCACGGAAGAGCAGCUUGGAUACGUGGUGCAAGGAGCAGUGGGCAGCAUGUCAAAUGUUCUGUACGUCGCGGGACUGGUGCAAGGCACAUCACGGUCGGCUGAUGAGAUGGAAGCGGCCAUCGAAGGCGUCUUCUGGGACAGCCUCCCGAAGCAUCUGAAGAACCUGACAGAUGCAGAUGUUGACAGCUACAGGAAAGCACUGGUGCAGCAAUACCUGCAGCCUCCCAGCAGCAUCGACGAGGAGCGCAAGCACUUCUUCGGACCAGUCAAGCACCAUGGAGCCUGUUUUGAUCUGGUUGGCGAAGUCGUGCGCUUUGCAAACAGUUCCGACUUCAACAAGGACCUCCUGGUGCGAAGCUGGUCCGAGCUCAUGGCGCCGAACCGUGGUUGGCGCUGGAAGGUCGCCGUGAAGUACUUCGGGAAGGGCGUGCCAGAGCGGCCAGACUCGACAGCGACGCGGCUGGCCCUGCAAAAGCGAGGCGUGCCAGAAGGGGCAUUGUCGCAGCUAGUGCAGGAGCAUGAGAAGACGAUGCUCUUGAAAAGCGCCGACUCAGCAGCCCGCAUGGCGAUAUCUCGGGGCAGCGCGGGAGGCAGCGAAUACUUCCCCACUGACUUGCAUUGCCGGCGGGCCAGUCCGGAUCGACGAUCUGCAAGCUUCCUAGCACGCAGGACCCGGCGUGUGGCUGCUUGA